AUGGGACUUUUGAAAAUUAUCAAAAAAACCAAAGAGAGAGAAAAGGAGAUGAGGCUAUUGAUUUUGGGAUUAGAUAAUGCAGGAAAGACUACGAUACUAAAAAAAUUCAAUGGGGAGGACAUUUCUUAAAUAUCUCCUACUUUGGGUUUCAAUAUCAAAACUCUUAGUUAUAAUGGAUAUAAAUUGAAUUGUUGGGAUGUUGGUGGUUAAUAGACAAUAAGAUCAUAUUGGAAGAAUUAUUUUGAAUAGACGGAUGGGUUAAUUUGGGUGGUAGAUUCGACUGAUAAGGCUCGUUUAGAUGAUUGCAAAAAGGAAUUAUAAAAUUUGUUGAAAUAAGAGAAGUUGAUUGGGGCAACUCUAUUGAUUUUUUGUAAUAAGCAAGAUGUUCCAAAAUCAUUGAGUUUACAAUAAAUUAGAGAGUAUUUGGAACUGGAUUUGAUACAGACAAGACAUUGGGGCAUCAUUGCCUGCUCAGCAGUGACUGGAGAUGGGUUGUUGGAAGGCAUUGAUUGGAUAGUCACUGACAUUUCAAGCAGAAUUUUUAUGAUGAGUUGA